UAUUGCAAGUUAAGUGAACUGAGGAUAUUAAGAAAAUGAAAGUUCUUUGCUUUUAUAUUUUUAUUAUUAUCAUCUGAUUCACAUUCUUUCUAUGGACCUACAACUAAAUAACAUAAAAUGCAACAUCAAGGAAAAGACCACAGUGGUAAUCGACAUUGUAAAAAUUUUUGAAAUGCAUGAAAUACAAUAUACUUUCUAGCUAGACAGCAAUUGAAGCAGCACCACUAAUAAUUACAGUAGCUUCUUGUUCGGUAAGAGUGGUUGCUGCUUCCACAUUAUCAACACACUCUACCAUAGUUAACUGUUACUUCUUCUUAGUAAGUUUUUCUGAAAGGUCAUCAAAGGUAGGAUCUUGCAAGUUGAUCAUCAAACUGUUGCCAGGAAGGAAGACACGGUUUUGUGAUUGAGCAAUCAUUCUAGAAAUACUUUGAGCAGCACGAAUUUUACGCAACUUAAGAUAGCCAGGAUUCAUUCCCAUUGCCUUGCCCAACAUUUCAGCUGCUUCUGCUUCACCCUCAGCUUGGACAAUCUUUUGUUGUCUCUCCUGUUUAGCUCUUUCAACAACAAAAGCGGCCCUUUGAGCUUCCUGCUGAGCAACUUGCUUAGCUUCAACAGCAGCUGUAUAUUCUUUACCAAAACUUAAUUCAGUGAGGGAGACAUCAUCAAGAAUUAUGUUAAAAUCAGCUGCGCGUUCAACAAGUUCACGUCUUAUUAAAAGCGAAACUUGCUGUCGCUGCGUAAUCAACUGAGAAGCGUUAAAUUUCGCCACAACAGAUUUUAGGACUUCAUUACAAAUUGAUGGUAAAACUUUUUCAUCAUAAUCAGUGCCAAGCUGUCGAUACAUUAUUGGUAGACUGUUUGAAUCAGGACGAGACAGUACGCGCAAGGAUAUGUUGACCAUUUGUAAAUCUUUGGACCCAGUAGGCGAUGAUAUCUUGCGUGGUCGUGAUCUAAUAUCGUAAAUGAUGGGGUACUGAAACCAUGGUAUGCGGAAGUGCAGACCUUCAGUCAUAACAUGUUGUUGGAUACCUCCUAUUCUGUUAAACAUAAUAGCACGAUGACCACCUUCUACGGUAAACAGAGAUUGCGAAAUACCAUAAGCCGCCGCACCGACCACCGCUACGACUUUCAGACCGAUACCCAUUCCAGGAGGUCCCCCUUUUGCAAACUUUCCAGCCAUGUCGUUCAACUUACUUUGUGCCAUGACAAUAAACUCGCAGAUAUAACUAUUUGCUAAAUUCUAAUCGGAAUUCCAAAAAAAAUCUAACCUGAAAUUCGACUCACAAUGAAUGAAAGAUGGAGAAUUUUGAUUGAAGCACAGACUAGGAGAUACUAUUUCUACGCAUGAUUGAAGUGAAGCUGAGAAUGAAUGAACGAACGAAUUAAGCAGUCAGCAGCACAGAUAAGUUAGAGCGACCAAGAUCUUUAUGAAUGUGGCGAAAAUUGGAACUGACGACGCCGUCUUUGGUAACCUCAGUUGUUAACGUCAUAUUUUGUGACAUUUACGCAAACAGUGGCGCCCUCAAUUAACUUAAAUUCUUAACGGUAAUGAGAAUAAAAUAUUUUUAAAAUUAAUUUACUUAAUUCUUUAAAGAUUCAGUCAAAGGGUCGGUGGUUUUGAAUUAAGAAAGAUAAUAUAUUAAAUGGUUUUAAACCUGAAAAGGUCUUUUUAACCUAAAUAUAAGUUAGGCUAUGAUUUUAGACAGUUUUGUAAAAUUUAAAUUCUACACCCUAAAAUUACGAUUUGAUAAGUUUUAUGACUAAAUUCACGUCUGUAAUGACAAUGAAGAACAUAAUUAUUGCUUUGAAAUGUAGAACUAAUUUCGAAUUUAGAUUAGAAAACUUCAAGAACGCACAAAAGUCAAAACGGCCCGAAAUAAUAGCGGUACGCUAUGAUGAUUAGUGUGUCGCUGCCAAGCCGCUACUAUAGCAUUUAGCCACUUUACCAAGCCGCUACUAUAGCACUUAGCCACUUAGUGCUAGCCAUAGAGAAUGUAAUCACUCCGUUUGGCUAGCAUAUAACCAAAGAGUAGGAAUCUCUAUCUAAUAUAUCGGAAAUUUAUGCUAGCCAAUAUGGGAAACUCCAAGGCCGUAAAAAUUACAUAAAAACAAAAAAAAAACAGAAUCCUUUGCCCGUCCCAACAGGGACAAAUUAACAAAAAAAAAAAAAAGAAAGGUAUGCAGCAAAAUCAUAAAUUCUUGAGCAAAAUAUAGGAAUGACAUGACUUAAGAAUGACACUCGUUUUCGUUUUUGACGUUUUGUUUGUCUUGCUUGCAAUUGAAUGCAAUGCAUAGCAAAAAGAAAAUGUAAAUGUCUGUUGUUCUUAUCUUAAAUUGAAGAUUGUUGACUUGGAUUUCGUUUUUUAUGAAGGAGAUUGACUCCUAGUAUAAACACAGGUUUUAUUAUAACGAAGAUAAAAUUUAAAUAUGGAUUCGUGUAUCGGUGUAGAGCAAGAUCUGGACAAAGCCAUAACAAAAUUUAGUUCUUUAAACGAUCACACUGAUAGAGUUUUACAGGAUGUAAUUGAACAAGUAGAAAAUUUAAAAAACGAGAUAGCUAGACAGCCAUCAAAUACUCCUCUGUCUCAAACCCAGUCUAUGGUUGUUAGUGAACUGGCUACUAGAGUUAAGCAAACGGUGUUUCAAAUGUCUACAGAACACCGUGAGCUACAUGCAACUGUGUCCCGAGUAGGCAAAUCAAUUGACAGGCACUUCAUUGCGGAUUAUGGGUCAGUCGCACCAAGGGCAGAAACAUUUUGCUGUGACACAAACAGACCUAUUAUGGAACAAGCCAUUGCACAACAUUUAUAUAGACAGGGACUAGAAGACGUAGGCGAUUCACUAGUGACAGAGGCAGGAAUUCCCCCAGUGGAGCGCACUUGCACGUUCGCGUUGCUGCAGCGAUGCGCAGCAGCGCUAGCGGAUGGCGAUCCCACUCAAGCGCUGCAGUGGGCAGAGGAACGGAAGGAGGAAUUAGCGCACUCACCUUUACCGUUUACUCUACAUAGAAUGCAAGCAUUGAAGUUGGCCCGCUCGGUGGGCGUGGGCGCGGCAGUAAUGUACGCGCGCGCCCAGUUCCCGUCGCACGCGGCGCGGCACGAGCGGCAGCUGCAGGCGGCCGUGUGCGCGCUCGCGUGGUGCACUCCCAACGCGCCGCCCCCACCGUCGCACUACGCGCAUCUGCUCGAUCCCCGCGCGCUAGGUGCAGAAGCGGCGGAGCUAUUUAUCCGCGAGGCGUGUGCUUUACUUCGACUCGCCCCGUUGUCUCCACUCGCGGGGGGAGUGUUAGCCGGCGCACGAGUCUUACCAGCCUUACACGAUAUUCGUGCGAAAAUGACGCAUCCGCACGUGAUCGCCGCGUGGGCUGACGACGAGCUGCCACUGGAGGUGGAUCUGGGCGAAGACGGCGGCGGUUACCACUCCGUAUUCGCUUGCCCCAUCCUCCGCCAACAAGCGUCCGAACAGAAUCCCCCCAUGAGACUGCUGUGCGGCCACGUGAUCUCACGCGACGCCCUCAACAAGCUCGCCAUGGGUGCCAAGUCAGUAAAGUUGAAAUGUCCCUACUGCCCAAUGGAGCAAGCGCCGUCUGAAGCAAGACAGAUAUACUUCUCUUGAAAGCACGAAACGCAUAAUUUCGUUAAUAUAAUAAACAGUAAGAGACAUAGAAUGCCGGUCACUCCGGUCAUAUUAUAAUACCGAUAAUAUUAUAUAGACGUUUAACUCGGAUAUGACUUUAUUGUAAGAUAAACAAUAGGCUAGUUGACCCUUUUUGGAAAAAGGUUUUAAAUGGUUAAUAAAUGUUCUAUUAGCCCGAAAAAAAAUGUAUUGUAUUUUUUUUAAACCUAGAAAGCUACAAAUCUUUAAUUUUAAAAUAGACUUUUCAUGGACAUACAAAAACGCUGUCGGCCAUUUUAGUCUAUAGAUUGUCUAUGCUAUGACGUGAACUGUGGUAAACAAAAACUCGUAAACACGUAGAAAAUUACUUUUAACUGAGUUUAUAAUAAAAAAAAACAUGAUUUCUAAUAAAUACCACGAAAAAUAAAGUAAUUAUCAUUACUGUAUUGUACGAGAAUAUAAAAACACAUCCUUGAAGACUCCAGGAAAGUUGUGGAUUAAAGUGCCGAAAGAAAUUAACCUACGCAACUUUAUUACACUUAUUCAUAUGUUGUAUCAGUUUUAUGUUUAUUACUACAUUGUAAUACUAAAUGCACUGUACUUACAUAGAUGCCUUGUCGUUUCUCUGCUCCGCAGAGCAGAAAUCGGGGUUUAGUGCAACAAAUUCACCAACCAUCAAUGCGUCAAUUCUUGGCAGAUUUGUGAUUUCUGCUUUCACAAAGCCGGCAUCCAUAAUUUGUUUAGUCAAAAAAAACUAAAUUUACUGUUUUUUUCUUUCCUAAAGUUAAAAGUGUUUUAAGAUAAAUUUAGUCAGACGAAAGAAUCCACCUACAGUAACACGCGAAUGACAUUUAGUUGUUUACCACAAGAGACGUCAAAAUCAUGGCGAAUGUGGCGAACAGCGUUUUUAGUGUUUAAAAAAUAUAGACUAAAAAAUAUUUUUUACAAUUAAAUUUCUACAGCAAUCUUCUGCUUUUAUGAAGUGAAAUCGAUAUAUUAAGGUUCCUUAGACUAAACACUUUAAGAAAUAAACAUUUAUUUAAUACAAUUCGACAUGAGUAAACUAGCCUAUUAACACUGUAUAUUUAGUUGGCUUUUAGAGCCGCACUUUUUGUUCUUAUCUAAUAAAUUAAAUAUAUAGUAUGAGCUCGUUUUAUUUGACAGUAGGAAAUGAAUUCUUCUGAAUAGUCGGAUUACAUAUUUGCUAAAUGCAACUUUUUGAUAAACGUCGAGUGGUGUGCGUGAAAACUUAUAAGAACAUAAUUUCUAUCAUAACUUUGCACCAAAGUUUAGCUAAUCAUGUUUAGACUUACGGCGCUUGUUAUGAGUCGAUUUCUACUCGGGCCUGUGCUGGCUAAACUUGUUCAACUGCACGGUUUGUACUGAUCCCAAACCGGGUCGAUAUAACAUGGUUUAUACUGAUCCCAUAUUACGGAGAGUGUAUUCUUUCGCACCUUAUGCUGGCGCGUCACGUGGCUAGUCAUGUUUGCUAUAUAUUGGGUGGUAGCAGUCACGCUCUACUACGGGGAGUGAGAGGGAUGGACUGCUGUCGAGUUUGCGGGUACGAUUGGUCGUGUGAAGUACCGGCAUUACAGGCCCUGCCAGAAUACCAGCGCUGCUGUGAUACGUUUUGUAUCGUGUUGCGGCAGCAUUAACUGAGGCAGGGUCCUGAUUGACCACAAACCACAAAAUGUAGUUUAUCCUUUUUUUUACCUAUAUAUAGGGUGAAAUUGAAUGUUUCUAUGAAACUUCGUGAGAUUGUUGGGUUACGUGUAUAGAGUAUGCCUGAUUUUUUUCGGAUAUUUUAAAAUAUUUUUUUUCGUUUUUUAUUUGGUUAUUUUUUAUGUCAUUUCUUCCUUAUGAGUAAUUAUUCAUUUUAAACACGUCUACAUAAGAGUUAUAAAGCAACUUAAAAUAAGCACUCCUAAAAAAACGGAAACAUAAUGAAUGUCUCCAGUCGAGAUCAGCGCCGGCCGCCGGGGUGACGACCGGCGGCCGCCUGUGUAGGUACCUGCUACACGCACAGAUGACUCGGCGCUUACCUACUCUCCGCUUUGAUUCCACACUAUUUAAAAACAUUACAAUAAAAUAGUCUUAGAUGCUAUAUUAUAAUUAUUUAUUCACUGAUACACAAUACCUUUGAAUAUUAUUUCAUAAAGCACAGGUAAUUAAUCAAUAAAAUAAAUCUUCUGUUAGAGCAAUUAAAAAUCCUAUAAAGUUAAUAUGACUGUCACGAUUUUAAAUCGGUAAAGCCUCUCUGUUAGUGUAAGAACUUCUUUUUUAUUGUUAAUAUUAGUUGCCUCGUUUAAUUAAAACUUAAGCACAAACGGCUUAUUUAAAAUUGGGAAAAAUCAUACAGAGCAAAUCGGUAUAACUUACGAGCUUAGUGAAGGAAGGAACUCUUCCGUGUCUGAUUUGCCCACGUCAUGAUAUUCCGAACACAUUUAAUCACAGCCACAGUCACACACACACACACAUAAUAAUAUGUUGUUUUGCGGCAAGCACGGGCGGGCGGCGCGCCGCACGCUGGCAAGAAACAAGCAGCGUUGGCGCCGGUUGCGGCGUCUUUGAUUUGAUGAUGUGAAUUCCGCCCACCUCCCCUCUUCUCCGCACGCGGUGGUUUGCUUUGAUUGCAUGCAAAACGCAGUCGCAAGUAUAUCAAUCGCGCGUGGGCGUGCGCAUCUUUUG